AUGUCGUUCCUGAACAAGGUGCGUAAGAAUUUGCCACACAUCAAGCACAACACCCAGUUGCUGUUCAACAAUACGGGACUGUGCAUAAAGAUCAUAUCGUGCACGCUUUCCGUCUGCUAUUUCUUCUCUUUCUGGUCGAAGAGCUCGACCGUGUUCGGCGUCACGCCGGGCUACCUGUUUCCCCCAUCAUUUUGGCUGUGGACCCCAUUCACAUUCUGCUUUUUCGAGUCGCACCUGUGGCAGGUACUACUGGACAUUGCCGUCGUGGCUGUUUGUGGCAAGCUCAUCGAACCGCUGUGGGGUGAACUACAAGUGCUCGUGUUCUUCGCCAUCGUCAAUAUCGGUGUGGCACUGGCGUGUGCCUUGUUUUAUUACACCCUAUAUAUGUUCACCUGGGACCCGGAACUCCUUUUCUCGGUGCACAUCCGCGGUCUGGCCGGCUAUUUAGCCGGUGUCACAGUGGCCGUCAAACAGAUCAUGCCUGACAGUCCAGUGUUCGACACUCCAGCCGGUCGCAUAAACAACCGUAACGUACCGCUGUUUACAAUAUUCGUGUCAUUGAUACUCUGGUUGGUCGGCUUUGUUGACGGCACAAAACCCACGAUGGUGAUCAGUGGUGUGUUGUCCAGCUGGGUGUACUUGAGAUUCUAUCAGAGACAUACAAAUGGCACAAGAGGUGAUAUGGCUGAUAAUUUCACCUUUGCUAGGUAAAUACAACAAUAUUUUUAUUUACUUUUUAUUGUAACUUCCAAUUAACAGUUUAAAUAUUUAAAAUUUUAGCUUUUUCCCUGUAAUCGUUCAACCACCGAUUUCUGUGUUAUCUAAUUCAGUGUACAGUAUUUUUGUAAAAGCUGGUAUAUGUAGGAAAACAGUACGUAGAGUAGACAUUGGCAGUACACCAACUGGUAUUACUGUCUCGCUGCCUGGUAUUCGAUCACAAGAUAUGGACCGAAGAAAGUAAGUUGGUUAAAAAUUGAUUUUAUUUUGCUUUACAAUAAAGUUUUUCAUCUAAUCUUUGAUGAUUUAAAAUUGUUCAAAUUAUUGAUUUUAUUAUUUAUACUUAAAUAGAACAUAAUUUACAUAGUUAUUUAACGAAUCCCAUAGGUGCUCAGAAAUUUGUUAGGGUUAAUUAGUCUUCAUUGUAGGUAUAUAAUUAUCACAUAAUUCUAUUAGAUAAAAUUGUUUUUUUUAUGAAUAGCAUAUGUACAUUAAGUUAAUGUUUAUAAUAUGCUAUCGUUGCUAUAGAGUUCUAAUAUGACUACAAUAGUUUUCUCUUUUUGUGUCUUUGAGUUUAAAUAAAUGUAAUAUAAUAUUUUGAGUGAUAAUAUUUUUUUGGAACUUCAUAAAUAAAAUGCUAUUUUAAAAUUUAAACAUUUAAAACAUUUUGAUAAAUGUCAAAUCUUUUAUUUUAAUAUUAUGUACUUAAAACUUCUCUUGAAAAUUAAUGACACAUCUCUAUUUUGUUUGUCUACCAUUGAUAUUAUUAAAUCUAUAGAUGAGAGUUGUAUCAAAGUAUUACAUAUCAAACAAAAAUAUUUAAGUAGGUAUCAAUAUCACUACUGUUCAAUAGAUGUGUUAACUAGGAUAUCUGUAAAAUCAAUUAGAAAUUAAUUUGUUUUCAUAUCUCUAAAAUAGUGAAGUUUAUGAUUGAAUAAAUUUUAUUUAUCAUAAUGUUAUUUAUAAAUUAUUAUAUUGUACAUUGUGAUUUAUAGCUCAUAAUGUAUAAGUACUCUAAAUAGGUUGUGUGCCUGUAGAAUGGGCUGUGCAUUUAUUGAAAAUUAAGACACUGUCAUUAAAUAAAAAUAGAAUAUUCCUGAAAUCCAAAUUAAAGUAUAGUCAGUGGUCUUAUUUCAGUUUUUGAGAGAAUGGACAAAAGUUUUGACUGACCCAUAAUAAAAUUGAAAAAAAAAACCACUCUCUAACUUACCUAUUCGUCACAAUUAUAUUUUUAUCUCAGUACAAAUGCCCUUCUCGCAUCGUUUUAUACUUACUAGUUACUAUCAUACACAUAAAUAACCCAUUUUUUUGAGGGAUAACAAUGAUUAAAUAAUAAAUAUAUAUAUAUUGAGGGAUACCUAAAUAUAAUAUUGUCUAUUAGCUACUAUACGAAGACUUAGUUUAAAAGGAAUUUUACCCCAAUUUACAUCCUAUUUUGUCAUCAUGUGUAGAGUAUAAAUGUAUCAUAGUUAUAAAACAUAAUGACCUGAACCAUGUUUAUAGGCUUAUUGAUGACAAGAGGGAGCAAAUAUUUCACCCCUCAAAUUUUUUUGGUGUUUAUUACUUUUACAAUUGCUUCAUUGAGUAGCUAAGGUUUAACCCCCCCCAUACAUCUCAAACCCUAUUUGUGUCUAUGACAAUAUUUGAAAGUUAAAAAUUAUAUUAAAAGUUGUGGUAUAUGCAUUAUUUAUAGUAGUAGCUAGUUAUUACUUAGUAUAUUUGAGGGAGUUUAAUUUCUCUGUUUGCUCAUUUUAAGGGGGUUAGCCUCCUCAAGCCCUCUUCCAUUUCGGCCUAUGAUUUCAAGUAAUAUUAUGUACUACACUCUAUUAUUAUGUUUGGUAUCUAAUUCAAUAUACGGUAAAAAGCUAUUGUAAUAAUUUUAUAUUAGCACGGUUAAUUUAUUCAUUGCUUAUUAUUUUAGAUUGUUGGCCUUGAAAGCGCUUAAUAGUCGAUUAAUAGAUUCUGGUAAUGAGGCGCCAAGAGUCCCCAGUAGUUUGGACUCUGAAAGAAGAGACUCGGUAAUUAUAUCGAUGGGAGAUUCAGAACAGUCUGCACAAGUGUUAUCUAAUGAUGCGGCGAUAUCAAGUAAAACAACGUAA